AUGCUUUUAUUAAGACGAAUUGUGUCGGGGAGGAACUUCUGCAAACGGUUUUCUACUUCUCAAAGCUAUUGCAGUGACAGAAAAGGUCUGGUGCUCGGUGUGUUUGAGAAGGACGGAGAUGGCCAUCACCUUACAGAGGCAGCAGCAGGAUUUGACAAGGGUGUAUCAGGGAAGCUUUCAGAGGUCCUUAACAUAUCUGGACCUUCACUCAAGAAAGGCAAAAGCAGAUUAUUCUUUGGAUUACACAAGGACUUUCCAUGUGUCGCUGUCGUCGGACUGGGCAAGGCUGACUCCGGUGUUUGUGGAGCAGAGAACUGGGACGCCGGCAAGGAAAGCAUCCGAGCAGCAGUAUCUACCGGUUGCAGGCUACUACAGGACUUGGAGGUAAAACACGUGGAGGUCGAUGGCUGCGGAGAUGCCCAGUCUGCAGCCGAAGGAGCCGUUCUGGGUUUGUUUAACUAUGAUCAACUGAAAACUAAAAAGAAGACGCAAGUGACUCCACAGCUUCACGGAAGUGCUGACUCGAGUGGAUGGGCGAAAGGGGUUGUGUACGCUGAAGGUCAGAAUCUGGCACGGCUACUCAUGGAAGCUCCUGCUAACCACAUCACUCCUACAGCGUUUGCAAAUAUAAUCGAAGAGAGAAUCUCAUCUAUUGGACAACGAGUCCUCAUUCAUAAAAGGUCAAAGACCUGGAUAGAAGAGCAGCAGAUGGGGGCUUUUCUGAGCGUUUCUAGAGGUUCUGAUGAGGCUCCUCUUUUUUUGGAGCUCCACUACAAUGGUUCACCUGACAGCGCAGAACCACCACUGUUAUUAGUUGGAAAGGGCAUCACUUUUGACAGUGGUGGCAUUUCUCUGAAGCCGUCACAGUCUAUGGAUGCCAUGAGAGCAGAUAUGGGAGGGGCUGCCACAGUGUGCGCUUCUGUGGUCACGGCUGCAGCUCUUAAACUGCCAGUUAACAUAAUUGGCCUGGCUCCCUUGUGUGAGAACAUGCCUAGUGGAAGGGCUACUAAACCUGGGGAUGUGGUGAAAGCCAAAAAUGGAAAGACCAUUCAGGUUGACAACACUGAUGCAGAAGGUAGACUCGUUCUUGCUGAUGCGUUGUGUUAUGGACACACUUUCAAUCCUAGAGCCAUAGUCAAUGUAGCAACCCUAACAGGUGCAAUGGACGUAGCUCUGGGCUCAGCAGCCACAGGAGUGUUCACUAACUCCGACUGGCUGUGGGGACAGCUUCAGAAGGCCAGUGUUGUGACCGGUGACAGAGUGUGGAGGAUGCCGCUGUUCCAACACUAUACAAGACAGGUGACUGACAGUCAGCUGGCUGACCUCAACAACGUUGGCAAAUACAGCCGAUCUGGAGGAGCAUGCACAGCUGCAGCCUUUCUGAGGGAGUUUGUAACUCUUCCACACUGGGCUCAUCUGGAUAUUGCCGGAGUGAUGAGCAACAAAGAUGAGGUUCCAUACUUGCGAAAAGGAAUGUCUGGCAGACCAACACGUACAUUAGUCGAGUUCGCAGCUGGUUUAUCAAACAGUGGUUAA